GCCACGUUGACGUCACACCGCGCGCCCGCCGGUGUCGCGGCGCCAAGAUGGCGGCGCUAAGGAGGCUCAGCUGUUCGCUGCUCCGGACCGGCGAGGCCGUGGUGGGGCGGCGCGGGGUCCGUGCGCUGCGAAGGAGCCCCGUGCGGGUGCUGCCGCCUCAGAAGGAGCGCGGCGCCGCGGCCGAGGCGCAGCAGAGCCCCCGGGAGCGCCCCCCGCCGCCCCCGCCCGCGGUGGAGCGGAGCGCAGCCGGGCCGGGCCUGUGGUACGAGAAGGCGGCGCCCGGGGACAGGAGGCUGGGAAAAGUGGUGACUAUCGCCAAAUCAAAGAAGUUUCGGGACCAUCAGGGAAAGGUUCUGCUGGAGGGCCAGAGGCUGAUCAAGGAUGCUUUGGAGGCGGGGGCUGUGCUGCAAACUCUCUUCUUCAGCACCGUGGGGCAGCUGAAGGAGCUGCCUGAGGCACAGCUGAAACGAGCCAGCCUCGUGAAGGUGAAAUUUGAAGACAUUAAGAGCUGGUCUGAUGUUGUAACUCCUCAGGGGCUGAUGGGGAUUUUUUCCAAGCCCAACCAUGCCAAGAUGUCCUACCCUGCUGCUCAGCUGACCAGCUCCUUGCCGCUGCUCCUCAUCUGCGACAAUAUCCGAGACCCAGGAAACCUGGGGACUAUUCUGAGAUCCGCAGCAGGAGCAGGCUGUGAGAAAGUGCUGCUCACCAAAGGCUGUGUGGAUGCGUGGGAGCCGAAGGUGCUUCGUGCAGGCAUGGGGGCUCACUUCCGUCUGCCCAUCAUCGCCAACCUGGACUGGGAAUCUGUUCCCAGCAACCUUCCUGCCGGCAUCCAGGUGUACGUGGCCGACAACAAAGAACCAGGCGCUCAGGCUGAGACUGUGUCUGUGCUGAGGGGAGGCGGCAGGACUGGCUCUGCUCCUGGCGACCUGAAAGCUUCUGUGAAAUCCAAAUUGGAUGUUGCUCCAGAGCAUGAGGAUGAGGAGAGCAUGGCGGGGGUGUGUGUCCCAGAGCUGGCCGCACAGUAUUACUACGAGAACUGGACACAGGCUCCGGUGGCGGUGGUGAUUGGUGGAGAGACACACGGUCUGAGUCCAGACGCAAUUCAUCUCGCAGCCAGCACGGGCGGGAAGAGACUCGUCAUUCCCGUGGUGCCAGGCGUGGACAGCUUGAACUCCGCUAUCGCUGCUGGCAUUGUGCUGUUUGAGGGGAAAAGACAGUUGCUGCAGAGGCACAAGCAGGAAGGCAAGAGGCAGAAGUUCCCCACAGCGGGCUAAGCUGUGGACGUUUGGGUGCUGAAGAAGGCUCUCCUCUUUUUGGCGCGCUGUAGAGUUAAUAAAAGAGCAGCUCAGGCUGUUUUGUUUGCAGUAAACGGGUAUUAAACAGCUCUGGCAGUGUUGGAGCUGUGCCUCGAUGAGCGUGCGGCUCCGCGGAGAGCAUGCGGGCGAUCUGGCCGCAGGGUGAUGCUAGUGAGAAGGGACAGGAUGGGAGCCCUCACCAUGCGGGCACCCAGCUCCCCGCUGCACUGCUUUUAUUGCUCUUGCACAGACUUGGGGAGGCUUUGGAUCAGGGUUCAGCUGCCGCAGCACCUUUUCUGCUGGCCUGACUGCUGCUGACAGCACGCGUCCUUCCUCUCGCAGCCCUGGGCCGUGUGGCCUGGCUGCUGCUUGUGGUUUUGGGGUCAGAAAAGCCAAAUAGUGUCCACUUGAAUGGGUCCUGCCUGUGCUUACCCAAACCCUGUGCUCUAACGAGUGCAAAGAGCUGCACAGAACCCCUCCUGGGGGUGCCUGCCGUGCACCAGGCUGGUUUGGGGCCUGGCUGAGGUGUGGGGUGUCUGAGCUCCGGCAUUCACAGCCACACCGCUGCCAGGAGGUGGUGUCUGUCCUCGCGCACAGAUCAUUCCAGCAGCUGGGCCUCAGCACGAAUGAAUUAUGAAUGAGGGAAAGGUGGAAAAGGAGCUGUGGGCGCGGCUGCUCGACCGGGCACUGAGCACCAGGGAAGGACACCCCAGGGCCUGCCUGUGCCUCCCAGAGGGCAACAAGUUGGCUCACAGUGACCUACCUCAUGGAUCCAGGAUGUGUCAAGUCACUGGAGGCUCCAGCCCAGGCUCUCGCCAUCGUCGGCAGCUGCAGAUUGAUGGUUCCUGCGACGG